GUAUUUGGCAUGGAUGAUUUCAUUACAUUAUGUCCCUUUGUGAAUCACUUAUCGUGGUAUUAGUCCCCAACUAUUAUUCAUCUUGGUUGAUGAGCAUUUGUGAUUUUUUACUGUUCAUCCUAAUUUCUUCUCCAAUGCAGAGGGUACCUGCGGUUUUUGCAGCCUCACAUUUGAGAAACAUAACAGAGACGAUGAUCACUCCUAUGGUUUCAGAUGGGAGAACUUGGAACGUCAGAUAUGUUUCUCGGUCACCAACUGACAAAAGACUAUCUCACGGCUGGUGUAAAUUCGUUGCAGAUAAUGAUUUGAAGGAAGGCAAUGUUUGUGUGUUUGAACUAAUUGAUAGGAAAAAAAUCGAGAUGAUUGUUCACAUUUUCAGACAACAUAAACCAUUUUCCAGGAAGCUUCCUCCUAAAUCAAGUAAUUAUACGGCGGAAUUCCAGGCAACGCUUGAAGAAGCUGAAAAGUUUACGUCUGAGAAUCCGUUCUUCAAGGUCGUUAUUCAAGAUGCACAUAUAAAAGCAGGAACGGUGAGGGUGCCUGCGGAUUUUGCAACCUCACAUUUGACAAACAUAACACGGAUGGUGAUCACUCUUCGAGUUUCAGAUGAGAGAACAUGGGAUGUCGGAUAUGUAUCUCAAACACCAAUGGAAAGAAGGAUAUCUCAGGGCUGGCGUGAAUUUGUUGCAGAUAACGAUUUAAAGGAAGGCGAUGUUUGUGUCUUUGAAUUAGUUGAUAACAGGGAAAAUUUCGAGAUGAAUGUUCACAUUUUCCGACUUGAACAAGAUGGUAUAGACUAGAGCAUGAACAUCGGAGAAACAAACGCACACGCCUGCACACAUAUGCGCACAGUAAAUUUGUAAUGGCAGAAGUAUCAAGUAGUACUCUAGUUGUAUUUUUUGCUUGAAAAUUGUACUAGAUUUUAUUAACUGGUUAUAUCUUUUUCUUUUUCACUCCUCAGGAAACUAUGACAAAAAAAAAACAUUUAACAUCAAACUUCUCGAUUCUUUCUGCACCAGCCUUGAAAGGCUUUUAGAAGAUUUGGAAUACAGGCAUGACCUUUCUUCAAGAGACAACUUAACCAUUUCAAAAAAACACUCUGUUGAUCUUCUUUUGUAAGCUCUAAUGUCGUCCUCUCAAUAAUUUCUUCCACCAUUUUUGAAUCAAAUGAUGCAAGUUUGCGUAAGCAAAAGGUAGUCAUGGGUUUUGUUGUGAUGUUUAGCAUACACAAAGAAAACCAGAUGCCCCCUAUAGAUAAUAACAUGUUCCCUAUAACAACGGUGUCCUCUAGUUUUUGACGACAUUGGAAUCAGGAGAUGAUCAGACCGGAGUGUACGGAAUCAGAUUAUCUCUGAAUUUCUGAAUGCAACAACAUGUGUCACUUCCUCAGCAACUUGCAGAAACAAAAUGAGAUGCCACAUGUGUAUCAUGCAUUCUUGCUUAUUUUGCUUUCUUCAUUUUUUCUGUUCGUUGUUCACUUUGGAGAUCAGUCGUAACAGCAAGAUUCAUAUCACUAUCAUCUUCCACGAUGCAUAUUUGUAAAAUACUUGACGCUUCCAGCAAUAAAGACAACCGAUUGGAACUUACAAAAGAAUUUACUGUCAAGUACGGGAAGGAACUGUCUGACCAUGCAAUUAUUAAGGUUCCCAAUGGUGGUAUCUGGCAUAUAGGAUUGAGCAAAGCUGAAGGUGUAAUAUUGUUUGAGAAUGGUUGGCCAGAAUUUAUGGAGUUUUACUCUAUUUGUGUUGGACAUGUUAUAUUUUUCAGAUAUGAUGGGAAUUCAGAAUUUCAACUUCAUAUAUUUGGCAUUGAUGGUACUGAGAUUGAUUACCCAUCUCAUAAUAAUGACAAUGCCAGUAAUGAAGUCAAAAUGACAUCAAGUCAUUUGGAUGAAGAUGAAGUAGUUUCAAUACAUUCCAUGUCAAGAGAAUCCUCUCUUAAUUCUGGGAGUAGCCAAAGAAAUUAUGAACCUUCCAUGUCAAGUGAAUCCUCUUCCGAUCAGAAAGCCGAACCUGUGAGACAAGAAUUUUCCCAAAAAAGAGCAAAACAAAGGACGGUUAUACCUACAAGAAUUCAUACCAAGGCAUUCAAGGAAACACUUGAAGCAGCUGAAGCAUUUAAGUCUGACAAUCCAUCAUUCAAGCUCAUUCUGCAAGCCACACAUAUAAAGAGAAACGUGAUUGUGCCAAUUGCUUUUACGAGCUUAUUUUUGAGAAACAUAACACGGAUGGUGAUCACUCUUAGCAUUUCAGAUGGGAGAACCUGGGAAGUCGGAUAUGUUUCUCGAACAUAUAAUGAAAAAACAAAUAGUAAGCUAUCUAAGGGCUGGUGUAAAUUCCUUGCAGAUAAUCAUUUGAAUGAAGGCGACGUUUGUGUCUUUGAACUAGUCGAUAGGGAAAAAAUCAAGAUGAAUGUUCAAUUUUUCCGACAACAAAAAGCAUUUGCCAGGAAGAUUAAUCCUAAAAUAAGAUAUUUUACUGCGGAAUUCAAGGCAACACUUGAAGCAGCCAAAAAGUUUACGUCUGAGAAUCCGUUCUACAAGGUUGUUAUGCAAGCCUCGUAUAUACAAACACAUAUGGUGAGGGUACCAUUGGUUUUUGCAACCUCACAUUUCAAAAACAUAACACAGAUGGUGAUUACUCUAAGGGUUUCCGAUGGGAGGACCUGGGAAGUCCGAUAUGUUUCCCGAUCACCAAAGCAAAAAGUGCUAUCUCAAGGUUGGCAUAAAUUUGUUGCAGACAAUGAUUUGAAGGAAGGCGAUGUUUAUGUCUUUGAACUAGUUGAUAGGAAAAAUGUCAAAAUGCUUGUUCACAUUUUCAGACAACAAAAACCAUCUGCCAGGAAGCUUACUCCUAAAUCAAGUAAAUAUACUGCACAAUUUCACGCAACGCUUGACGCAGCCGAAACAUUUACGUCUCAGAAUCCUUUCUUCAAGGUCGUUAUGCAAGCUGCACAUAUGAAAAAAGGAAUGCUGAUAAGAUUUUAGACAUGCAGGGAUACAUAUAAAUGAAAUGAUCUCAGUAAUUGACUUUGCGAAUCAUUUAUCGAGGAAUUACUCAAAACUAUAACUCAUCUUUGUUAAUGAAUAUAUGUGCAUUUUUAUGGUCCAUCCUAAUUUCUUUCCACUGCAGAGGGUACCUGCGGCUUUUGGAACCCAACAUUUGACAGACAUAACACGGAUGGUGAUCACUCUUAAGGUUUCAGAUGAGAAAACCUGGGAAGUCCAUUAUGUUUCUGGAACGCCAACUGAAAGAAGGAUAUCUCUGGGCUGGCGUGAAUUUGUUGCGGAUACUGAUUUGAUGGAGGGCGAUGUUUGCAUCUUUGAACUAGUUGAUUUUGGGAAGAAAUUGAAGAUGAAUAUUCACAUUUUUCCGACUCGUACAAGAUAUAGUAUAGACUAGAGUAUGAACACUGAAGAACGCACACGCUUGCACACAUAUAUGCAUAGUAAUUUUGUAAUGGCAGAAGAAUUUAAGUAGUACUGUAGUUGUAUUUUCUGUUUGUAAAUUGUACUAGAAAGUUUAUUAACUGAUUA